CGAGGGCUGGUACGAAUGGAAGAUCAUGCCAAUGUGGAUGAAAUGUAUACACGUAGCGUUUCGCAUCGUCCUCCUACCAGUGAUGUUAGUUGUGGUUCUUUUCGCGCCAAACUCUCGUUGGUCGAAAAGAUGGCAGUCGCCGGUGAACAAAUUCAUCUCCUCGACCGCUAGUUACUUAGUGUUUUUGCUCGUCGUUUUUCUACAAUCCAAUAUCGACAAAACUAAUCAACUUCGAGGACCUCCUAAUACUGUAUAUGUAUGGAUUUUGGUUCUCUACAUCGUUUCGUAUACCUGGGCGUCCAUUCGUCUUUGUGUGAUUCAUGGACCGGAGAGAUACUUUACGUCUGCUUGGAAUUGGUUCGACUUGAUAAUGAUAUUCCUUUUUAUUCUGACGUUCAUGUAUUGGAUAACGGCCGCCAUUGAUGUGAGGAUAAACGGACAGCUGGAAUUGGAGAGGAAAUACUGGCACAAAUACGAUCCGACAUUGAUUGCCGAAGGAAUUUUCUGUUGGGCAACAAUAAUGGCGUUCCUGAAAUUGAUGCAUAUCUGCCAAUUAGAUUACAACUUGGGUCCUCUUCAACUGUCGCUUGGAAAAAUGUUUAAGGACGUUGGGAAGUUUACUGUACUCUUUAGUAUUAUGAUGCUUGCCUUUACUGCUGGUACUUGCAAACUGUAUCAAUAUUACGACGAAAUGGUGCAAACAGACGACCAGUCGAAAAUGAAAGUUCAACAAGCCAGUUCGUUCGUGAACUUCGUAGCGUCGUUGAAGACCUUAUUCUGGGCUUUAUUUUGCAUGAGCCCUAUAGAAAGCGCUGAUGUGGUAAUCGAAAACCUUCCUAGUGACUCUGAGAAUGAGACAGUUAUCAAUCAACACACGUUCACGGAGUUUAUAGGCUAUUUAUCUUUCGCUGCAUUCACCUUUAUCUCAGUGAUACUGAUACUGAACAUGUUGAUCGCCUGUAUGUCAAACACGUUGACGAAAGUGACAGAAAAUGUCAUCGUUGAGUGGAUAUUUGGACGAACAGAGGCUUACGUGGAUUACAUGCUGACAACAACUCUUCCGCCUCCGUUCAAUAUUGUUCCAACCUACGUCGGUGUGCAACCAGUGAUCGAAUAUCUGAAAAUAUGGUGGCGUCCACCGCCAAACAAACGAGCACGCUGGGAUAUAAAUCACUGUUGUUUCAUUGAAACCACCGAGAAAGAAACGAGCGACGCGUUCGACAUGGUAAUGGGACAACUGGUGCAACGUUAUUUCCGUAAAAAGGAGAAACAAGAAACCGAAAACGAAGUAGAACGACUGACGAAAGAGAUCGUCGAGUUAAGAAGCCUUUUAAGAGACGCUUUGACCACCGAUUGAGAAAAUCGACGUCGGAGAUUAAACUUCGUACAUUUUCUGAUCGAUAUUCUGUUGAACACGGACGAUCGAACAGCUCGAACAAGGACAGCUUCGUCGACGUAGAAACAAUAAACACGAUGAAACUUGCGAGAUUGCGAAAGUUGUCGCAAUUAGUUUCUUCAAAGAGACAUAACAGAUCUGUUUCCUUUUUAUCAUGUGAAUUCAGUAAGAUAUGACGCAAUGAAGGUUGAAAUGUAGCUGUUUAAAUGGGGAGAAAAUGAAUUCCUUCUGACCGUCUUAUUUAGGUGGAUAAUUUGAAACGGUUCUUGGAAAGUGGGAAAUUAAAUACGGAUAAUUCUGGAGUUUUUGUUAAGACCUUUUUGAAAUAAA